AUAGCUGAGCAUCAAUACGAGAGGGCUAAGACGAUAGUUUUAUGGGACACGAAAGAGUGCAAGAUCCCUUAUGGUCUCGACGCUGGUGAUGUUUCGAAGAACAUCAAAACGGCCCUUGAGCAUACGGGUUAUACAGGUAGGGUCUCAAUCAUGGCUACUGGUGAUGCCAAGGAUGACUUUUGCUGCCACGAAAUCUCGCUCAAUCACUUUCCCGCAGGAGAAAGAGAUGCGAGACUUAAAAAGGUUAUAGCAGACUUGAUGGAAGAUCCUGCCCCAUGGAAUUUGUUACUGAUCGUGAAAGACAUCCCAGUGGACGUGGGCGUCGCCGUGGAUUCAGAAAACUGCAAUCUUCUCGUAGCAACUCCUGAGUACCCAUCAGGACUGCUACUCUGCAUGGCAAGCUGCUCACGUUUAACUCUUGUGGGUGUAAAAUUUAGUCAACUGUGUGCUCCGUUCGCAGCUGCUAAGACCGACGUCUUUUGGGACAUUGACGAUUGUCCGAUCCCUGAUGAUCUCGAUCCCGAAAUGAUUUCUCAAAACAUCAGAUCAGCUCUUAAGGAUAAGGCUUAUCUUGGUGAGGUGUCAAUCAGUGCUUAUGGUGAUACGAAUCAGAUCCAGGGGGAGUUUUGCUCCGCAGGAAUCACGCCUAUUCACGUACCCGCUGGAGAGACUAGUGCGAGAGUUAGGAUUAUGGUGAAGCUUGUUGGCUGGGCACUCGACAAUCCUGGUUCGAACCUGAUGCUAAUCGUACAAGACAUCUCAAGAAACUCGGCCUACAUGGAGGCUCUCCACUUUGUGAGAAGGCGAAACUGCAAACUUCUUAUAGCGCAGCCUCAAGACGCAUCAGGACACUUACUUAGAAUGGUAAGUACAGAAUGGCGUUGGAGCAGCCUAUCAUAUGGAGGAAAGCCUAUCACCCAAAGCGAAAGAAAGAGCAAGGUUAAGGAUUCUGUCGAGUACUAG